UGAAUGGUUGCUGCAAAUACAGUGGGUUGGUUGGGUGGUGGUGUAAAGUGGUGAAAGGCAGUAAGCAAACAACCAGCAACCGUUAGAUAGAGAGUAUCGUGCCGGUAGAAAAUCACUCAGCAGACACAGAAUGACAGCUGGGCAAAAGACGCAACUGAGAGAACUGAAUUUUACCAACGAAUGAACAAACGAGCGACGAACCCGAGCAUUGAACAGCAAUAAAAGUCUCUGCAACUGAAGGAAAAUUCAGUUAGAAAGUUACGUGAAAAGUCGCCACAUCGGCAAAAGUCGUAUAUGCGACGCGCGUAUUUACUGCAAAAAAUUAUCCUUUGCGCUGUAUAUGGAAAUUAAGUUAAAAAUAAAUGAAAAUUAAGACUAGAGGGGUUUUUCUACAUUGAAAAUAUGGAAAUACUAUAAACAGUGAUUUCAAAAUAUGUUAGAUAUAUAGAAAAAAAUAAAUUGCGGUAGCAAAUUUGAAGUGAGUGAUAAAAGUGUAUGUAUGUACAUAGUGAAAUGAAAACCUUUCUAUAAAUGUUGUUGGCGAGGAAAGGCGGCAGUUGAGAAGUGCCUUCCACAACGGUUCUACAACGAAGAAAGAGAACUCCUGACUUAGCGAUUGGAAAAAUAUGCGUCGCCCAAAAUUCUCAUUAAAGAAAUAUUUUUAUUUUACGCUUAUCUGUGCACUCCUGCUGAUAUUCGGUUUUAAUUUGCGGGAACAUGAAAUUUGGAAAUCAAAAAGUGCGUCACAGCAAAUACAGACGCGCUCAGCAGAAGAACAAGCCCAACAAUCCUUGCAAUACUACACGCACUCCUAUAACACUUUGCAACCGGGCAAUCAAGCGGCGGCGCUGGAGGCAGGCGACGGCGGCGAUGACUCGGAUAAUAAUAGUGCAGCGCUGCGCAGGCGUGCGAACAUCAUCAGCACAGGCAAUUCGCUGCCCAGAGAAGGUGUGAAUAGUGACCAAAGCGAACAGCGGCAACAAGAGCAAAUGCAUCCAGGGCAGGUUCCACUGGAGCCCACCAGAGCACGUCUUUGGUUUUUCCGCCAAGGUGAGUACUAUCCCAAGCCAGCGCCAACGCGUGCAUCGCAUGGCAAACGUGGUGGUGGUUCAGCAGUUGGAUUGGGGCACGGUAGAAAGCACGAUCCCCGUGGUGCACGGCUCUUUCCGCACCAAGAUCCGCAUAGCGAUCGCAUCGUCAAUCAGUUAAUGUAUGUGCCGCCGAACUAUGAGAAGGUGCGCGCCAGCGGACGACUGAAAGUCAUACUCCUCUACAAUGGACUGGGUCCAUGGAAUGUGAAGCAAGGUCGCGAUGUCUUCCUACGCUCGAAAUGCCCUGUGGAUACCUGCGAGCUGACACCGAAUCGUGGUAAUGCCGACAAGGCAGAUAUGAUAUUGUAUAAGGAUCAUUUUAUACCAACUGGUCUCGGCAGGCCAUUGAAUCCAAAGCAGGUUAGCAUGCUGUACUAUCUGGAAUGUCCAUAUCAUACACAAAAUGUUAAAGUACCAGAUGCGAUUAAUUGGACGGCCACUUAUAGGCGUGACAGCGACAUUGUGACGCCUUAUGAAAAGUGGGUUUACUACGAUUCGAAAAUUCAUCAAGUGGAGCAAGAUCACAACUAUGCUUUGAAUAAAACGAAAAAAGUUGCCUGGUUUGUUUCGAACUGUGGUGCACGCAAUGGCCGUUUACAAUUCGCGCAUGAAUUACAAAAAUUUAUAGAUGUCGACAUCUAUGGCGUUUGUGGCAAUUACAAAUGCUCACGCAACACCGCCGACAAAUGUUUCGAACUACUCGAUCAUGACUACAAAUUUUACCUCGCCUUCGAGAACUCCAACUGCAAAGACUACAUCACCGAAAAGUUCUUCGUAAAUGCUUUACAACGCAACAUUUUGCCAAUUGUAAUGGGUGCACGGCCGGAGGAUUAUGAAGUAAGCGCACCACAUCGUUCCUACAUCCACGUCGAUGAGUUUGCCUCGCCCAAAGAAUUGGCCGAGUACUUGCACAUACUCGACAAAGACGAUGAGCUUUACAAUUCGUAUUUCAAAUGGAAGGGUACCGGUGAGUUCAUCAAUACGUAUUAUUGGUGUCGCGUAUGCGCCGCGCUGCACGACGAAGACUCGUUACGAAAACCGCGUUGGUACACGGACGUGAAUGAUUGGUGGCGUGGUGCUGGUGUAUGCACAAACGGUUCGUGGCGUAACUUUAAGGCGCGCAAGGACGUCAUACGAGAUGAUUAGUGGCGACUGCAGUUGGGAUACUGGCUGGCAAUCGCAAGCGUUGUUAUUGAAUAUGUUAAGUAGUUUAAGGCUUAUUUAUUAUUACACUAUACAUACAUACAAACAUAGUAGUAUACAUAUAAUACAUAAUGAAUUGAGUUGCAUGUGAGUGGUUGUGUGGGUGUGUAUGUGACGAAAGAGUGUAGCGAACCAUUCGUAGUUUGAUGCGCCUAGUCGAUUUUUAGCGAGUAUUUAUGGUAAACAUAGUAGUAAGCAAAUGUCAGCUAAAUGUCAGGUAUUUUGAAGUUAUGAAACGCACACAUACAGUUAAACACAAAUACAAACAUAUACGUACAUAAAUAUACCAAAUACCAAAGUAAGCAAGUAGGCUAAUUGCAUUAGGCGCCGAAGUUAGUGAAGAUGUAGAAAUUUAGGUUUAUAGGAACUUUUUGUAUAUAGCUAAGGGCUUAUGAAAAUUUUGAAAAAAAACAAAAAUGGUUUGUUUGCUUUUUUUCUGUUACUGCCUUGUUAUAAAUUCUUCUUCAUGCUUUUGCUCUCAACCCACUUGCAAUUUAAGUUGCGAAUGAUAAUUAGUUAACACAAAAUAGUAAUAUAUAUUAAUUUUAUUUUCUUUCGAUAUUUCCACUUUAGCGUAGGGACUUAUUAACAAGUUUUAAGAACUGAUUUAUUUCGCAUUUAGCUUUAAUAAUUUUUUUAUGCAAAUAUAGUUCGAGCUCUUACAAAGGCCAUAUAAACUAGGUCUCAAACUUUGUAAAAUUAAAGAACAAAUCAAUAUGUUUUCAUCAAAAUUUAGUCAAAAUUUUUGGAAAAAAUUCGAGUAUUCCUGUUGCGGGAAUGUUGCGUGGAGAAUUCUUAAUAUGUUGAUAAUAUUCCGAGAAUGUUGCUUGGAGAAUCCUUGAUAAUAUUGCGGGAAUCUUGCGGCAAAAGUCCUUUUUUUCAGAGCAAAAUGAAAGUCUGCUGGUUCAGCUUUGAAAUUACAAUUUUUUUCUCACAAUUUUAUUACAAACUAUUCCCUAUAUAUACACAAUUAUUUCAAACAAAACCUUCUUAUGUUCACAGAAAAUUAUAUCGAAUAACAUGAGUUGAAAAACAUUAAAGUAUUUUAAACUAAUACUAAACUGGACUCAACAUACCGCCGCCCUUGAACUAUCUCAAUAAGUUCAAUAUAGAAAGUUACAAAUUAUAGCAAAGAAAAAUAUGAAAAGCUUGAUAACAUUUAUGAUGAAUUAGUAGUUUCUUCGUGAAACAAGUCUCCUUUCGUUGGUAAAGGGCAGAGCUUUACUAUGGGCCGAACUAAUUCGCCAUGCGGUGUUUUCAGCGUAACCACUCUCACGCGUCAUCGGCGCCAGGGUGGCAUUUAAUAACACGUGCCAGCGUCCACUUCGUCGGAGGGGUAGGCUCGUUGAAGACUGCAACUACAUCACCUUCUUCGUUGUUGCGUGAAGGGCGAAGCCACUUGGUACGACGUUGCAAGCUGACGAGAUAUUCGUCUCUCCAACGGCGCCAGAAAUGCCGUCUCAUGGCAGAGAUCGCUUGCCAUCGCUGACGCAGAUUUCCACGGAGCCCUUGACCCUCAGGCUCCGGGAUAGAUUUAAGCGGUUCACCGACAAUGAAGUGGCCAGGCGUAAGUACCUCUACAUCACCAGCGGCUGCAGAAUUGUCACAGAGUGGACGGGAGUUGACGCAGGCUUCUACUUCUGUCAGCAGCGUGUUGAACUCUUCGUAGGACAGAAGAAUUUCGCUCAUAACACGUUUCAGAUGAUAUUUGACUCUUUUUAUGCCAAUCUGCCAGUACCCCCCCAUAUGAGGCGCGGACGGAGGGUUGAAACGCCAUUCGAUGUUAGAGUCUGCAAAAAACGAAUGGAGUUUGGUAUCAGCCAUACACCUUUCAAACGCAAUUCGAAACUCCUUCUCGGCCCCGAUGAAAUUCCUCCCAUUGUCAGAAGAAAUGACCUUGCAAAAACCUCUGCGGCUUACAAAUCUUUUAAAGGCAUUGAGGAAGCUCGAUGUUGAUAGAUCUCCGACAAACUCUAAAUGCAUCGCCCCGGUGCACAUGCAAAUAAAAGCGGAAAUAUAACCCUUGGUGGCCUUCGCUCCUCUCCCAUGAGUGAACUUGUAAGAGUAUGGUCCAGCAAAAUCGACAGCAGCGUGGAUGAAACAGCGGGCGUAGGUGGUUCGGAUCGCAGGUAAAUCCCCCAUUGAUUGUGCAGCGUGAUUGCGGUUGAGACAGGUGCACUUUACGCAUUUGCGAUAUGUGCUACGAAUUAGGCUGCGGGCGCCAAUAACCCAAUAUCGACGUUGCAGGAUGGUUUGCAUGAUGCGGGGUCCAGCGUGUAAUGUGAAUUCGUGAAUAUCGUGAAUGAUCAGUUUCGCAAGUGGGCAGCUUCAGCUUCGGAUAUCUCUUGACAGCAGGGAGGACCGACCCGUUUAGCAGCGUUGAUUCGUGUCUUAACCCGAGCGUUGACGAAAAACCUUAACACGUAAGCAAUGAUGCGGCGCAGCUUGGAAUACGAUGAAUAUCUCAUCAAUAUCGGCCAGUGAUCAUCUGAGCUCGUAGCAUGGGCGACGACCAUUGCUACGAACGCCCAACUAAGUUGUGUGUUGCAAAUUCAGGACCAGAUCACCAUAGUUUUUGAUGCAGUAGUUCAGACGGAGUUACACCUCUAGAAGCGCAAUCUGCUGGAUUCAGUUCAGAGCGGAUAUGGUUCCAACAUUCAGGCGGUAAAACUUCUUGGAUGUCAGCAACGCGAUUGGCAACGAAAGUUAUCCACUUACUAGGAUGCGCCUGAAGCCAUGCCAAUGUAAUAGUUGAGUCAGUCCAAGCAUCGGAUAGCGGAGAUCGGAUAGCGGAGAUCACCCCAGCUAUGUAACACGUUUCGCGCCAAUUUAGCAGCAAGAUGUGCAGCGCACAAUUCUACGCGUGGCGGGGUUGUUGUUUUAAGUGGUGCUACCUUAGUCUUCGACGAGAUCAGCACGACAGUAAUACUGCCGUCGUUGUGUAAUGUGCGCGCGUACAUUACGGCAGCGUAAGCGCGUUCGGAAGCGUCAGCGAAAAUAUGUAGUUCAGUGAACGACUCACCUGCUCCUGAGCCAAACCAGCGACUUAUCUUUAAACUUGAUAGCAGUAGUAAUUCCGAGCGAUGUUGUCGCCACUGUGCUGCGAUGCAGUCUGGAAUAACGUCAUCCCAACCGACACUCAUACGCCAGAUCUCCUGAAACCACAUCUUUGAUCUUAUGGUCGCUGGAGCGAGCAAGAAUGUUAUCUUCGUUAAAAUAGUGGGUGGAUGAUUCAGAUUAACUGAGAACGUGAAGUAGUCCUCCUCUGUAUUCCAUAUCAGGCCCAAGGCAUGGACAUCUUUACUAUCGACUAGGUAGUGUGAUAUAUUUUCCGAUGCAUUCGAAACAUUUUCAAAAAGUUCCGCAAAAUUAGACGCCCAUUUUCGAAGUUCAAAGCCCCCUUCCUUCAGUAUUUCGGAGACGUUUCGUUGUAAACAUAGCAGCUCUUCUUUAGAAGACGCACCAGUGAGAAGAUCAUCCAUGUAAAAGUCCUUAUGGAUGACGGCAGCAGCCUUCUCACGAAUAUGUGACGAAUAUUUUGCGGUUUGUUGCAGCGAUUUAACGGCUAAGUAGGACACAGCGGCAACGCCAUAAGUAACGCGCAACAUGCGAUAAUCCUUUAUGGGUAACGUCGGAUCACGACGCCAGACAAUGCGUUGUAGAUCGAGGUUUUUCGUGGACAUGCAUAUUUGGCGGUACAUUUUCGCGAUGUCCGCCGUUACUGCGUAGUGAUGCGUUCUGAAACGUGUUAAAAUUGAAUACAAAUCAGGUUGCAAUUGGGGACCAACAAAUAAUGCAUCGUUCAACGAUGCAUGAACUCAACGUUCUUGCAUGAACUCAUUGUAGCGUUGGCGUAGGUCGUCAUCUCGCGCAAGUCUUUUUUCGAUGCUUAGUAGACUUCGAACAGCAUAACUUCGUGAUGCUCCCAAGGGUAAGUCAGAUUUCAGCGGCAGCUCUACUAUGAAUCGACCGUCAGGUGACCUUCUGUGCGUUUUUUCGAAAAACUCUUCACAAUAGCGUUCUUCGUAGGCGAGGUGGGCCUUUUUCGGUGCUUCUUCUAACUCCCAAAGUCUAGUGAGCGCUCGAUCUAAAUGAACUUCACAAUGCAGAGACUGUAAGCCGAGCGAAGUGGAUUCGGAUCCAUCGACAUUUCCAAACAACGUCCAACCGAAAACCGUUCGUUGAGCCAUGGGCGUACCGGGUGGACCCUUACGAAUCUCCGAGCAGAGGAGCUGUCCCAUGACGUCCAUUUCGACCAAGAUAUCGAUACGCCCGGGUUUCAUGAAGUGCUGAUCGGCUAAAAAUAGAUCUUGUAUGUGCGGCCACGCCGAAACCUUCAAGGGCUGUAUUGGCAAAUCGCUUGUGAUUUUAGGCAGAAUCAAUGCGUCAACAGUAAAGCAUAGGGCUGAAAAAUGAGAUGAUAAUGAAAGUAAUACUUCACCUCUAGAGCGUAUCCCUUGGGAGGAACCAAUUCCAGAAAUCAAAUCAAGAGGGUCCGCAAUCUUCGCGGUAAUCCCAAGCGUUGUACACAUGACUCGGUUACGAAGGAAGCAUGCGAACCAGAAUCAAACAGCAAGCGAGCGGGUUGCCAAUGACCAGAGCAAUCGCGUACCUUGACUAAAGCGGUCGCCAACAGCACAGUUCUUUCUCUUGGACGAGGCUGGUUGGGAUUGACAUUCAAAUGUGAAGACGUACAGGCAGCAGCGGUGUCUGUGGAAGGACCGUUAGCGGAUGAAACGGUUGCUUCGUUUGAUGCAUGACGUCUGCGGCGAGGGAGAAAGGCCUAAGAGAGACGCUGUUGACGAAAUGAGCAACGGUUGUAGCGUUAGUUGUAGCGGCAGUAUUAUGCAACAGCGCGUGAUGGCGUUGAUGGCAAAUCCUGCAUGCAGAUGUGCUGUUACACUUUGCCUUAUAAUGGCCUGAACUCAAGCAGUUCAUACACACGCGCGAUUCUCUCACAAAUUUCGAUUUACCGUUUGCGUCAAGGUCCCGAAAAUUUUCACAACUGUAUAUUUUGUGCGGUCCGUUACAAAAUAUACAGCCCGUGCUGUUCUAAUCUUGCACUGCGUGAAACACAUUCGUAGACUUACACACCGACGCGGUUUUACCCUUAGCUGGCAAUAAUACCGUUGACGAUGAUAGCAUUGAUAGAGAACGACAUCUAACUUCUAAAAACGUGGACAGUUGUUCGAAUGUCGGAGGCUCAUCAGUGACGAGUGAUAGCUCCCAUUGCUUUCGUGUCUCGAAGCCUAAUUUAUUGACUAGUUCGUACACUAGCCAAUCGUCCCAAAAUUCCACAGGGCGUCCCAAAGCCUUCGCGUAUAUGUUGCUGGAAGUCGUCGAUCACUCCCUUAAUUGCGUCGGAGGUAUCACUAGCUGCCCUCUUUACGUUGGCCAUAGCUCUAAAAUGUCCUUCAACUAUAACGCGCAUGACCUUAUAACGCGAUUUUAGUAGGUCCCAAGCUUCUUCAUAAUUAACAUCACAUAUUUUAAACCCACUUAUGAUUUUUAACGCGUCACCCCUUAAACAACUACGAAGAUAGUGAAGUUUUUGACCAUUUGACAAUGCGGCAUUACAGUCGACCAAGGCAGAAAAUGCGUCAAAAAACCCGAUCCACUCAGUGGAGUCCCCAGAGAAUUUAGGCAGCUCCAUUUUUGGCAGCCAUAUUGCUGCAGACACAGGCGUUGACACCGACGCCGGUUGCGCUUUGGCACGACACUUCUGUACGCGAUUGAAAUUUGCUAAAGUCGUAGAGUACCACGUCUCAGCUUGAAUUCGCACACUUUCUUCAAUAUCUACAUGGUCACUUCCACACGAAAUUUCGACCGCAUCUUGAGCGCUAUUAAAACGAGUCCACUGUUCAGUGAGUAGUUGCAUAUAACUUUUUAUGCUUUCUGCAUCCAUCGUAAAGGCAUCGUCCACACUCUUAACCAUAUACCGCUUAAUGGCGUUAAGUGCAGAGUCGCGUGUUUUUACCGAGCUCGACAUUUUUCUUGUCCUUGGAGAUUUGAAGGACGAUAUUCGCACUGCUAUCACGCACAAAUCAACGCACUAGAGCCCCUUUUUUUACCUUGUUCUUUGGUUACUUAUAGUUAAUUGUUAUUUAACACUCAUUAAUCGCGAUAAGACACUUUCAUUUAAUUAGCCGAAAUCGAUUGGUAGAAGGACCCAAAAAAUGCUAAUUAAUUGAGAUAUGUAUGUAGUACCUGCAUGCACCUUAGCCAAAAUCUAUUGGCUAAACUUUAAAUGUUCGCGGGAAUCACUUAUCCGGCUCGAAGGACCAAAAUGUUGCGGGAAUGUUGCGUGGAGAAUCCUUGAUAAUAUUGCGGGAAUCUUGCGGCAAAAGUCCCUUUUUUCUGAGCAAAAUGAAAGUUUGCUGGUUUAGCUUUGAAAUUACAAUUUUUUCACACAAUUUUUUUACAAACUAUUCCCUAUAUAUACAGAAUUAUUUCAAACAAAACCUACUUAUGUUCACAGAAAAUUAUAUCGAAUAACAUGAGUUGAAAAACAUUAAAGUAUUUUAAACUAAUACUAAACUGGACUCAACAAUUCUGAGCUUUAAAAAGUGUUUUACUGGCUGAAAAGUUUUUGAAAUUGUAUUGAAAAUUUGUUGAUUUCUUUUAAAUUCUGUACAAAGUUUGAAUCUUGCAAUUUUUGAAUUCUUAAACAAGUUUUUUGCUGACUGAAAUUUCAAAAUCUUUUUUGAAAAUUCGUUGAACACUUUUAAAUUUUGUACAAAGCUUGAAACUUUGAAUCAUAUAAUUUUUCUUAUUGUGUAAAUUAUAUUUUCAUAAAAACAGAGAAUCAAAACUUGGUAAUAUUGCGCUGUUAUUUUGAGCGCCACUGUAAUCUUGAAGCUUUAUUUUAACGUAUUUGAACUCAGGUUUCAUUUUGAAAAUAUAAGUUGAAAAUGCAACUUGAGCUAAUAUACAUUUUAUUUACUCUCAACAGAAAAAAGACAAUUCACAAAAAAGAACUAUGAAAAAACAAUUUUUUAGGAAAACGAUUUUCUUUUUUUUUCGUUCAAAAUUUUUAUUUUUAUUUGCCUUCACCGUAUCAUGCAUUUUUAUUUACUUACUUACAUUUGCUUAAACAGCUGAUUAAACAGCUGAGAAAAUGAAUUUGUGUUUAAGCUUAUACAGCUUAAAAACAUAACACCGAAAUAAGAAGUGGGUAUCGCCAGAAUGACACUUUGUAAUACAUAGUUUACUUUUCCGAAUUUAAAUAGAUAAAUGCCAUGGAUAAUGCAUACCAAGACAACUCUAUUAAAGGGGGUAUUGGUAAACGAGCUUAUUUGUUUUGUUUUUCUUUCGCCGUAUACAUUCGGAUGUCAGCAAAAAAUGAAAUGCGCAUUAUCGUCGCAUGCUUCUAGCACCAACUUCAUGUCGGCUUUUCCAAAUAGUUCCUUCUCUUCUUUUUUCUCUUCUACUUUCUUUUGUAGAGACAUUUCUAAUGCACAAAAUAUGGUUAUUGGUCUAGUGCCAUCACCUUUAAUGCAUGCGCCUUGAUGCAUGCUAUUUAUUUCCUUCUUUCCAAACUUAGCAAAGGAAAUAAUAUAGGGUUUUCUUACUAUUAAGAUGUGAGAGCACUUUGACGCCAUGAAAAUUAGACAGUUACAAACAGUUUUUUCUUUCUCCGCGACGAAGAGUUUUAUGCACUUCUCUAUUGGAGUGCUUGUUUUGGGAAGUUGCAGAGCCUCGAUGAUUGGUUUGACGUUGUUAAUCAACCAUUGUGGGUAUACUUCUGUUGUUUGCGGCUUUCCGUUGGCGGGUAUCUGUAGAACCUUUACUAAAUCUCGAGCAUUUAGCAAGACCGAUUGGCACCUGUGUUAUAAUUUUUUGAUCGGCUUCGCAGAAAAUGGAGUUUGUACAAGAAUUUUGGCAGGAGUUUGCGAGCUGUGCUGGCUAUUCUAUAGGAAAUGGUUGGCAAGCCGGUUUCAGCAUACAAAUUUUUUUUAUUGGAAAUGAACUUUAAAAUUAAGCAAAACAGAAAAAAUCGAUUAAUUGAAAAUUUUAUAAUAUAAUACUUUUAUCUCAUGCUUCUGCGAGCAAAAUUUUUAUUAAUUUUACAACUUUAUCAAAACUUGCCUCUUAAGUUUAUAAGUUUUAACUUGGCUAUAUUAACGAAAUGAAAUGAGUAAUAUAUAGGUGGGAAAAUAUUUUUUUAACAGUUCGUAAAAAAAUUAGAUUGUAUGUAUGUAUAUUUAGAGUUAACAUAUUAUACAUACAUAUGUACGUACCAUUGUGCAUUCCUAAGAAUGUCCGACUGCGCUUUUUUACGCAUUACAAACAAAAACAACAAAAACGCUAAUUAUGUGCUGGUCAGCUAAUUUUGUAAGAAUUUUUAUAAAUUCAUAUCCAUACAAAUUAACACACAUUCCAACCGAAAACGCACACACAAACAUACAGACAUGCAUACAUAUAAUUGAUUGUAUGUACGUACAUACAUAUGUAGCUUAUAAGGAAACUGAAUGUUAAAAUUAGAUGUUUUUUUUAUUAAUGUGCGUAAAAGCUAACUGAGCAAUAUUAUAAUUAUAAAAUAUGCAUUAAAACAGGCACACAUAUACAUACACAGUGUAUAUCUGUGUGCAUUUGCAUAUGUAUGAUUGAGCGUAUAUACCACAUAUGUAUGUGUGUUGCAGAGUAUUAAAAACGUAUCAUUCGAAGGUCGUGAAAAUUGAAUUAAAGAAUUCCAAAAAUUUAUUAAAUGUAUUGAUUUAAGUAAAUAAAAACACGUCAUCAAGUCAUCAAUAUUAACUUGCAUACAUAAAAAACGUAGACUCAUGCGCAGAUACAUAUGUACAUACAUACAUAUAUGUAUGUUAUAUUAGUAUAUAAAUAGUUAUAGAAUGAAAGUCUAAAUUCUAGGUAUGAACGAAUUUGUGUGUGAAAUGAGUGCUAAUAAAAAUCUGUACGUAUGUACAUUGUUUAUUAAUCUUCCAAUAAGUAAAAUUGAGCUGCUCAAUGAAUUAUGAAGAAAUUACAGUAAACAGUUGACUUUACUUUUAGACACAUAUUUAUAUACACAUAUUUUUCCCAUAGCUAAUCAACUGCAAAGUCACAAAACAAUAUGACAAUCUAGCUUUUCCUACUAUUACAGUUUUUUUUUUUUAAUAAUACAGCUUUAGCAAAAAUAUAUAACUUAAUGUCGGCUCACUUACACACUUUAACUUCAAUGACUAACUUUCUCACCUAACUAUUUUAUCCUGAAAUGAAUCUCUAAUGGGACUUAACGAACUUAAUCACAGAACUCCAUAGCAUGAAAUUGCACAGAAUUGUGAGGAGGACGGAACACAAAAUGUUAGCUGAGAAAGAUCUCGUCGCAAUAUUGUUUUCCGUCCCCGUCGCAAUUGUGUUUAACCGGCCGAAUUUUCGGUGACUAGCAUUCGGAAUUUGGAGUACGUGGGUUCGAAUCUCCGUGAAACACUAAAAUGAAGAAAAAAAUGGUUUUCUAACAGUGCCGUUCGGAGUCGGCUUGAAACUGUGUACAGUCCGAGAUACCACUUAACAGUCCGAUAUCCCACUUAACUCUACAAAAACGAUACAACUCGCAGCACUGGCGACGGAAACUUUCGGCUGUCGUUGGCAACUCAUGCCAAAAAAUGUUCGCCUUUAAAGCCCUUAUAAGAGACUAGGCCCCAUCCAUAGCCGAAGAAGAUCCGCACAACUACGUACAGUCUUGUUAUUAUAGCAGGUUAAACUGCUACGUAUGCACCAUACGAACCUCGUACGGACCCCGACGCACCAAACAUACAUAUAUCCAAUAUUUGAAGAAGCUCUGUAUGAUCUUAACCACCGUUCAUGCAAAUACAUUUAACACGCAUCUCUCUUUGGUGAUAGAGACCCUAUGCUUCACUAGGGUGUAAGGGGGAAAAAUAUGUACAUCCCUUUGGUCUGUGUCCGUUGACACAGUAUAUCUCCCGAACUGACCUCUCCGUAUGUGACCUCGUUGCUACUUGGUGGAACGCCAAUCCAGACAGGGCUUAGUUAAUCUGCUACUACAACAGCAACCCAGCAUUUGCACGUUCAUGACCGUGGGACUUACCAGGUUACCGCAAGCACCUGGAUUUAUAACUGGUCAGACGCUCCAAAACACUCCAGUUGCAGCAGAUGAAAAAUAUUCAGACUGCUUUUUGCUGUUACAACAAUAACAACCCAGUAAACGGACCACAUAAUACCGCUAGACAACAAUUGAUUUAUGAACUCUUAUAAAUAUUUUCUACUAUAGCACUCAACUACCUACUUACAUACGUACUUGUGUAUGUAUAUAUGUACACUUGUUACAGAAACUCUACAGACAAAACGAAAUGCCGGUAAACCUUAACUCGCAAACACAACUUAACUAACUACAAUAAGAUAGCAAAUAUUGAAAAUAAAAAUGAAAUCCUUAAGCAAAUAUGAAUUUCAUUUAUUGUAACACAAUUUACUUACAAACCGAAUAUGCGCUUUUCAUUAUUAUACAUACAUACAUACAUACAUUUGCAACACAAAACAAUCAGUCAACUCGAAUUCCUAUUUUUCUUUGCCGCUUUGCUAUGUUUAUAUUUACAGAACAUACAACGUUUUAUAUUUGACAAUCCUAUAUCAAUGCAUGCACAUACUGCGUAUAUGUAUGUACAUAAGUAUUAGCCCACACAUGUGGGUUUAUAUUUCGGAUUUAUAAAACUUAAGUAUGAUGCAUACAAAUGGUUUGCCAAUUUUUUUUUUUUUUUUCUAAACAGCAAUUCUUGUCUGCGUACUUUUUUAUUUAUUUUACAGGCAAUAUUUUAAGCAUUUAUUUAAUUGUAAUAUUAUUUUACUGUGAUAAUAUUUAUUAGCAAUGAAUGCAAGAAUCAAUGAGAGAAAAUGCUAAAUAAAAUCAAAUAAAUAAAUACGAAUUAAUAUUCGAAUAAAAGAAGUGCAAGCCGUCGCGCAGAAUAUUAAUA